AUGGCGGGGCGCACCUUGGAUUUUGGCAGAAUCCUGCGGGCGACGCGGUACUCGCUGGCGGGUCUGCGGAGUGCAAUAAGGGGCGAGGCCGCCUUCAGGCAGGAGCUCAUCCUUGCGCUGGUGCUGACUCCGGUCGCGAUUUGGCUGGGCGACAACGGAGUCGAGCGAGCGCUGAUGAUCGCGGCGUUGCUGGUCGUGCUGAUCGUGGAGCUGGUCAACUCAGCGAUCGAGGCCGUGGUUGACCGCGUGGGCACGGAGUUUCACGACCUGUCAGGCAGGGCCAAGGACCUCGGCUCGGCGGCGGUUUUCAUCUCGCUUCUGUCUGUUCCCAUCGUGUGGGGGCUGGUGCUGCUGGGCUAA